AUGUAUCCACAAGGCCGACAUCCGGCUCCUCAUCAGCCCGGCCAGCCUGGCUUUAAAUUCACCGUAGCAGAGUCUUGCGACAGAAUUAAAGACGAGUUUCAGUUCCUGCAGGCCCAGUAUCACAGUCUUAAGGUGGAAUAUGACAAACUGGCCAAUGAGAAGACAGAAAUGCAGCGCCACUAUGUCAUGUAUUAUGAGAUGUCCUACGGGUUGAACAUUGAGAUGCACAAACAGACGGAGAUUGCCAAACGGCUCAAUGCAAUUUUAGCUCAAAUCAUGCCUUUCCUGUCACAAGAGCACCAACAGCAGGUUGCUCAGGCAGUGGAGAGGGCUAAGCAGGUGACUAUGACUGAGCUGAAUGCCAUCAUCGGGGUACGUGGACUUCCCAAUCUGCCUCUCACCCAACAGCAGCUUCAGGCACAGCAUCUCUCCCAUGCUGCUCACGGGCCCCCCGUCCAGCUGCCGCCCCACCCCUCGGGUCUGCAGCCACCUGGCAUCCCCCCAGUGACAGGCUCUGGAUCAGGCCUGCUGGCGCUUGGGGCUUUGGGCAGCCAAGCUCACCUCCCGAAUAACUCUAUAUCCCCUUCUGAAAGUUUGCGCACCAGCAGUGAGAAGCAUCGCAGCUCCUCUGAUUACAGUCUCGACCCUAAGAAACGCAAAGUUGAGGAGAAGGACAGCAUGAGCAGAUAUGACAGCGAUGGAGAGAAAAGCGAUGACUUGGUGGUAGAUGUAUCUAAUGAGGAUCCCGCCACUCCUCGGGCGAGCCCAGCCCACUCGCCACCUGAAAAUGGCAUCGAUAAACCACGCCCUCCUAAGAAGGACACGCCCAAUAGCCCUGCUUCUGUGGCAUCCUCCGGAAGCACCCCAUCCUCCAAGGCCAAGGAACUCAGUCAUAAUGACAAAUCCUCCACGCCUGGUCUCAAAUCCAACACUCCCACCCCCCGUAACGAUGCCCCUACCCCUGGCACCAGCUCCACUCCUGGGCUCAGACCCAUUCUGGGCAAACCACCAGGAAUGGAAGCUCUUGCAGCUCCGGCUUUGCGCACCCCUCUGUCCAUUGCGGGCUCCUAUCCAACCCCUUUUGCCAUGAUGGGCCACCAUGAAAUGAAUGGAGGCCUGACGAGUCCUGGGGUGUAUGCUGGACUGCACAUUUCCCCUCAGAUGAGUGCUGCAGCAGCUGCCGCCUACGGACGCUCCCCCAUGGGGUUUGAUCCUCACACGCACAUGAGGGCCCCAGGCCUUCCCGCCAGCCUCACAUCCAUUUCUGGAGGCAAACCGUACGUGUUUCGCAAAAGGCACUGCCCUCGUACAUUUUCAAAAUCAGCAGUGUUAACAAGUGCUUGUCCAUUUUCCCGCAGAGCGUACUCCUUCCACGUCAGCGCAGAUGGCCAGAUGCAGCCGGUGCCCUUCCCGCCCGAUGCCCUUAUUGGCCCUGGCAUCCCCCGCCACGCUCGUCAGAUCAACACACUGAGCCACGGCGAGGUGGUGUGUGCUGUUACCAUUAGCAACCCUACACGUCAUGUCUAUACUGGAGGCAAAGGCUGUGUCAAAAUAUGGGAUAUCAGCCAACCUGGCAGCAAGAGCCCCGUCUCCCAACUGGACUGUUUGAAUAGGGAUAACUACAUCCGCUCCUGUAAACUGCUGCCUGAUGGUCGCACAUUGAUUGUUGGAGGCGAGGCCAGCACAUUGACCAUCUGGGAUCUGGCCUCUCAGACGCCCCGCAUCAAGGCUGAGCUCACUUCAUCAGCCCCAGCGUGCUACGCUUUGGCCAUCAGCCCUGACGCCAAAGUCUGCUUCUCCUGCUGCAGUGAUGGAAACAUUGCCGUUUGGGACCUGCACAACCAGACUCUUGUUAGGCAAUUUCAGGGUCAUACGGAUGGCGCUAGCUGUAUUGACAUUUCCCAUGAUGGCACUAAGCUGUGGACAGGCGGUCUCGAUAACACUGUUCGCUCCUGGGACCUGAGGGAGGGGCGCCAGCUGCAGCAGCAUGACUUCACUUCACAGAUCUUCUCCUUAGGCUAUUGUCCUACUGGAGAGUGGCUCGCAGUGGGUAUGGAGAGCAGCAACGUGGAAGUGCUCCAUCAUUCAAAGCCUGACAAGUACCAGCUCCACCUGCAUGAGAGUUGUGUCCUCUCCCUGAAGUUUGCCUACUGCGGAAAAUGGUUUGUAAGCACUGGGAAGGACAACCUGUUGAACGCUUGGAGGACUCCUUACGGCGCCAGCAUUUUCCAGUCCAAGGAAUCCUCAUCUGUCCUGAGCUGUGACAUCUCGACGGACGACAAGUACAUCGUGACAGGCUCUGGCGACAAGAAGGCCACUGUAUAUGAAGUGAUCUAUUAG